AUGCUGAACAACUGCGGAGAGUCCAACUGCCGGGGCUACGCGCAGAACAUGUGCGAUCAGCAGGGGAAAAAGGGAGCCAUGCAAGGGAACCCCAACGAGCAGUACUACCAAGUGGCGAGCAACCUCUUCCCCAAUGGGGACAGCUCAGACAGAAGGGAAGGAGGCUCGAUGGGUGGAGCCAGAAUGCUGAACAGCGGGGACGCACCCCCCCAGAAUGCCAGAAUACUCAAACCGCUGGUCCAAGAAAAAGUCGUCGAAAUUAUGAAGCCAGAAAUUGAAGAAAAAAUAAUCGAAGUGCCACAAGUGCAGUAUAUAGAAAAACUCGUAGAAGUCCCGCAUGUCAUCUUACAAGAAAAAUUAAUACAUGUGCCCAAGCCAGUAAUCCAUGAAAGAAUCAAAAAGUGUCCCAAAACUAUUUUCCAAGAAAAGAUAGUGGAAGUUCCACAAAUUAAAGUGGUAGACAAAAUAGUGGAAGUGCCCCAGUACGUAUAUCAGGAGAAAAUAAUCCAAGUGCCAAAAAUCAUGGUACAAGAAAGGAUCAUUCCAGUACCUAAAAAAGUGAUCCAAGAAAAAAUUGUUGAAAUUCCUCAAAUCGAAUUAAAAAAUAUAAAUAUUGAAAAGGUGCAGGAAAUCCCAGAGUACAUCCCAGAGGUGGUGAAGAAAGACAUCCCAUACACACAGAUAGUGGACCGACCUUUUCACGUAGAAAAAAUUGUGGAAGUUCCUCACGUUCAGCAUAUAUACAGAAAUAUUGUCUCCCCCCAGUAUAGACACAUACCCAAACCUGUCGAAGUUCCAAUGGCACAUUAUAGAACCUUCCCUAUUGAAAAGCUUGUCGAUAGGAAUGUGCCUGUCCCAGUUGAACUUCAAAUCGUUCAAGAAUUUCUAUGCCCCAAAAUUGAAGCCAGAUAUAAAGAAAUUCCUGUCCCUGUACAUGUGCAGCGAAUUAUUGAACACCCUAUUCCCAAGGACGCCAUGAACAACCCAUUUCUUCUACCACUCUACUACCAGGAAGACAAUAUCGACACGGCAUCCACUAAGGGCAUCUCCAAGAAUUGCUUCUUCAACUGGAACAACAAACAAAACGCUACGAAAAUUAACAAAAGCACCAACCAACAAUCUGUCGAACUUUUGCUACAUAAUGACAAAUAUCACAAUAAGGUACACAUAAAUCAAGAUGCCCACAUGAGAGCCAAGUUUGUUCCUCCCUCUGGAAAUGUCUACCCCAGUACACACUUAAGAGAUGAUAACCCCCUAACUGCUCAAUCCGCUUAUCAUUACCCAAAUGGUACACAAUAUAGUAAUGCUCCCCUCAACCAGCUGUACAAAACGCAGCAUGUUACCAGUCAGACGGCUUACCCUUCCAACUUUAACACUGCCAUGCUCUCUCCUCAAGAACAAAACGAUAUGUUUAAUGGGAGUAACUCCAUGGGGUAUACCCACCCAAAUGACACUGAACUGGGUAAUGCUUACUCUCCCAUUUCGGCCCUUGGCCAGGUCUCUCCGCAUGGCGAGUUGAACUGA